AUGUCGCUGCAGGCCUGGGAGUGGGAGGAUGAGGACCAGGCCAGCAUGGGCCCUGUGUCCUCCGUGGGCAGCUUCCGCCAGUCCGGGAGCGAGUGUGGAGCCGAUGAGCACCUGAAGGACAGGGCCUGGGCCCAGGAGUCGGACUCAGAGCACCGGGGCAGCAGCGAGUCCUCAGAAAGGCCUGCCAGUGCCUGCAGCUCCGAUGCGCCCCAUGUCGUCCCCUGCAAGUUCACCAUCUCUCUGGCCUUCCCGCUGACUUCAGGUCAUAAAGGGAGGCUUUCGAGUUUGGUUGAAAAAUACAGGCGGCAGCCUAAAACAGACAAGCCCGUUGCAAAGGUCCACCGUUACUACCACGUCGAGUACUCCCUCCUGCCCGACGACGGGGAGCGUAGGAAAGUCGACCUGCUGCUGUUUCCAGCCGUGGCCAAAGUGUUCCUGGACUCGGGAGUGAAGACCAUCAAGCCGUGGCAAGAAGGGGACAGGGUUUGGGUGUCGUGGACCCAAGCUUUCAACAUCAACGUGACCAAGGAGUUACUGAAGAAAAUAAAUUUUCACAAAAUCACCUUGAAGGUCUGGGACACCAAGGAAAAGGUUUCGAAGAGAGUCAAGUAUUAUCGGCUAAAGCCUUCCGGGUUUAUGGAAGAUAUGGGCUCUUUCGGUAAGUCAGAGGAAGUGAAAAGUGUGGUUCUAAGUCAGAGAAGAUUGUCGGAACAGGGCGUUCACGUCAAAGAGGAGCAGUGCCAGGACCACACGCCAGAGAAGCCUGAGAAACCGAGGCGGUCCUUGAAGCCAGCGCACGAUGCAGAAACUCUUCCCGGGAGCCCCGAGGACCACGAAAAGCUACUCAGGUCGGAAGAGCUUGCCACAGUCCAAUGGGGUGAUUCCAAACCGGUUACUCCUUUGGGAGGGGCAACCGCAACAGAGGCGAAGGAGCUGAUUGAGAAGCCAUCAUUUAGCAGCUUGACAACCCUGUUGGAGAAGCAGAAAUUUCAGAGUAAGCGGAAAGAGUCGGACGGCAGGAGGAAGGUGCAGAGGAGGAGGAAGACGUCUCGCGGGGAGAGGGCCGCGGAUGUGCGGCUGGCAGGCCCCGUGAAGCACGGCAGCUUCUCCAUCCAGCUGGAGGUCCUGCCGCUGCUGGCAGGAUGGCAGUCUGUCGUGAGCCACAGCAGCGGGAGGUCGGCCAGCAUCUUAGAUUGUUUCUUGACACUGAAAACUGAGGUUCCCCUCAUGACGGAAGAGCAGAAGCAGGAUCUGAACCCCAUGACCAUAAAGAUCAAGUGUGUUUCCUCCCUUCCGUCGCAGCCCGUGCCCUUCAGGGAGCUAGAGCGGCUCUGCAGCCCCGUGUACUGCAGGUACCAGUUCCACAGGGCCCCGGUGCAUCGCACGGAGGGCCGGCCGCACGGGAGCCACGUGUACUUCCAGGAUGUCAACGUCAUCUUCCUGGGGGCCAUGCACCCCAGCGACCUGAGGGAGUAUCUGGAGGGGCCCCCCAUGGUGGUGGAAGUGCACGACCGGGACCGCAAGUCCGAGAGCUAUUCCCGCAAGCCCACCCUGUUUGGGGAGGACCCCCUGGAUGCAUAUCUCAACCUCCAGGCCCUCAUCUCCCCAGGAGACACGGAGAGCAACCCCUUUGCGACCCAGGAGAAGAUGUGGGACCCGCACGGCGUGGCCCGGGUCAGCUUUGCCAACCUCCUCCUCGGCCACAAGUACCUGAACCUGGCCGCCCCCGUGCACAGCUGCGAGCCCUGGGCCACCUCCCUGGGCCACGGCCACAGGAGAGGGCACGCGGUGGGGCCCCGGGGCCCCAGGGAGGGCGUGCCACACAGCCUGAUGCUGCCGGGGGACUACGUGGAGGCCAGCUGCCUGCUGAAGCUGCGGGUAGAUGUGGCGGUGCCGCUGCGUGGAGGGCUGGGUGGCGCCGACUCCACGCUCUCCCGGUUCGGCCGCGUGGUCUUUGUGUUCGAGUCCAGGCGGGUCUCCCUGCUGCACAGCCUCCUGCAGGACGUCACCAUGAUCAACGCCAGGGCUCUGGCCCUGGACUCCUACCCACUGGAGGACAUCCAGCAGAUCCUGUCCGCCUUCAAGAUCCGGGUGAAGACCCAGGAGCAGCCCGACCUGGACGUGCUCACCGGUGUCCACCUGCUGGAUGGGAAAGUCCACCUCCUCAUUCUGGAGGGCCUGGCCGACCACGGCCUCCAGCAGCUGUGGGCCCGUCACCAGAGCCGGGUCCCGCGGGCGGAGCAGGGUCCCUUCAAGGCGCUCUACAACUCGGAGCUGCGCUUCCGCCAGCGCCUCUACGCGGACCUGGAGACGAUCCUGUACCGCGUGCGGCUGUUCCGGCCGCUGGCGCAGCUGGUGAAGCAAGCGGCCCUCUACGUGCGCAAAGCGGUCCCGCCGCAGGUGUUCCAGGCGCUGAGCAGGACCUACUGCAUCUGCCGUUACAGCUCCAGGCUCAGGGAGGUGAUCAUGGGAGACCUGCUGCCCUCCUCGGCCAUGAUCAAGGAGCUGAGCCAGGAGUUCGGGAUGCCCAUGUCCCAGGAAGACCUCACAGAGCGGAAGCUGCUGGCCGUGGCCCCUGCCCCGAGUCUCGAGGGCUUCCAGGGCCGGAAGCCCACCCUCGCGUUGCAGAUCCAUUCCCACCAGGAGAAGUACCUGCAGUGGCGGAGCGCCGAGAUCCUGAAGAGCAGAGGCCAGAAGGCGAGCCUGGUUCAGAGAAACAUCUCGGCGGCCUCCCGGGUCGGCAAGAAGCCUCCCAGCUCUGCAGCGAGGGUGAUGCGGGUCUCGGCCCCGAACAUGCGCACCGUGCAUAACUACAGUAUCCAGACCCUGAACUCCGUGGAGCUGGCCAAGAAGGAGCUGUAUCGGGAGAUGGCCAAGGAGCCGGGCAGGAGGUUCACGUAUUCGCAGAAGUACCUGUCCGCCACAGUGGGGCCUCUGGACCCGGAGGAGGAGGAGAGGAGGGCCCGCAGGGAGUCCCGCCAGGCCUGGCGCACGCCCAGCGGCUUCCAGACGGCGGGUCUCCACACCAUGGGCACGACCCAGCCCCUGGGGCUGCCGCCCAUCAGCGCUGCCACAGAGGAGUGGAGGGAGAAGGCCCUGUUCGCCAACCUGCUAGAGCCGGUGCUGCAGCGGGAGAGGUGGGGCUGGGACCUGCGCCACCAGGACUUCAACCUGUACACACGGCCGCCGGCGUUCCUGGAGCUUCCACCCGCGCCCAAGCCCGGGGCAGCAGUGAGAGGGCACGACUGCCUCCAGAGGCUCCCCGGAGCCCUCUCGGACCCAGCCACUCAUCCCUCCAAGAGGAAGGGCCACGAUGACCCCUCUGCAUCCUCGUUACCCCCUUGUACCUUUGGAAAUGACUUCCCCACGAAGCCCCAGGUCGGACCUUUGGGAGAGAGGCUGUCAGGGUUCUGGGCGCUCGCUCGGCCCCACCUGAGCAGGAAAGCCUGGACGCCUCAAGGCAAUGUGGAGGGUGAGCUUUCUGGACAAACCACCCAGGAGCCAGACCAGAGCCUGAAGCCUGCCAGGUGCAGCCUCACAGAUGUAUGCACCGUGCUGCGACAUGUGCCCACCAGCCUCCUCCGAGUGCCCCCCGAGCCGGCCGAGAUCGCGUCUAGCAGCGGUGCCCACAGGUCGGGGGCCCAGGAAAGGCCCGUCGGGUGA